CUCACUGUUGUGUCAGUCGUCCCCUUGUAGCCUGAAAGCUUUCUGAGAUGGCACCGAAGAAGAAGGAGGAGCCGAAGCCUGCUGCACCUGCGACCCCAAAAGCCCCAGAGCCAGAGCGCCCUAAGACCCCGGAAUUUGACCCCACAACAGUGACGCUGGAAUUCACCCCUGAGCAGAUUGAGGACUUCAAAGAUGCUUUCCAGCUGUUUGACAGGACACCUGCCAGCGAGAUGAAGAUCACUUACGAUCAAUGUGGUGAUCUGAUUAGAGCUUUGGGCCAGAAUCCCACAAACACAGAGAUCAUGCAUGUCCUUGGAAAGCCCAAGCCUGAAGAAAUGCAAACCAAGAUGCUUGACUUUGACCAGUUUCUGCCCAUACACCAACACAUCUGCAAGGCCAAGGAACGUGGAACAUAUGAGGACUUUGUGGAGGGUCUGAGGGUUUUUGACAAGGAGGGCAACGGCACAGUCAUGGGGGCUGAGCUCAGGCACGUUCUGGCAACACUCGGUGAGAAGAUGAAGGAGGGCGAGGUGGAGCAGCUCAUGCAAAACCAAGAGGAUGCUAACGGAUGCAUUAAUUAUGAAGCAUUUGUUAAAUACAUUAUGGCUUCAUAAAAAGGGUUCCUUAUUGUCAUUCUGGUGCUCCAUCACUCUGAAAUACAAAAUCAAUGAGUGAGUAAUGAGUCUGUUUCUCCUGCACUAGAAAAUAAAUCAUUGACCACAGCAGAUCUUCAGAUGUUUUCUGUGAAUCCCGUCUUGUAUAUUUCCCAUUUCCAUGCGCAUCAGAUUGAUUUAUAACUCAUCAAUAUUUCACAGUGUUUUUCUAGGAACGCAUGUGUUGAUGCUGUGCUCAUAUUGGACAUUAUCACUCUUGAUAUUGUGGACCUUGGUAAAUAAAUAAAUAAAUACAUCUAAUGAUGUUCUUU